AUGACGCUGGAAGUUAUACUCUCCACCGCGUUUGGUGUCGAAACUGACAUUCAAAACGACAAAGAAAGCCUGUUAUUUAGAGAGGUGAAGGAGGGUUUUCGCACUCCUUGGAUAAUGGACUUUUUAAGACGGUUUCCUUUUGGAAUAUAUCUUUUAAGAAUUCUGGCGCAAAUCAUGCGCACUCCAAGGUAUUUUGAAAAGGUCGCCUCAGAGAUCUUACAGCAAAGGAGAAAAAGUGGGCCAACAGGAAGACAAGAUUUGAUGCAUUUGAUGCUGACAGCGAACGAGGAUUCAACUGAAAAGGGAUUAUCCAAACUCACCGAUGAAGAAAUAAUUGGCCAGUGUCAGAUCUUUCUUUUCGCAGGUUACGAAACUUCGAGCAAUACUUUGGCCUAUAUCACCUACCAGCUGGCCCUGAACCAGAAUGUACAGGGCAAAUUAAGAGAGGAGAUCAAGGAAGCAGUCAAGAGAAACCCUGAAAGCUCUCUGUACGACCUUUCUCAUGACAUUGAAUAUCUGGAUUGUGUUAUGAAUGAGUCACUGCGACUAAAUCCACCUUUGGCUCAGGUUAACCGUGAAUGUGUCAACGACUACAAGUUUAAUGACAUAUUUAUCCCCGCAGGACCACAAGUCAUCAUUCCUGUGUAUUUUCUAGAUCGUGACCCUGAUGUCUGGCCCAACCCAGAAAAAAAUUUGAUCCCGAGAGAUUUCGAAGCCCCGCCAAAGACUGUCGUCACCCAUACCAGUUCUUGCCAUUCGGUUUAGGGCCAAGGUCCUGCAUUGGAAUGAGAUUCGCUCUAAUGGAGAUCAAGAUUGCUUUGGUGAAAUUCUUGAUGAAGUACUAG